AGUACGGGUACAGAUCGGCGCACGCGGCGGCAGUGGCGGCGCCCGGGUGACUUUGCUUGGGAGCCAUGGAGGGCAGCUUCGGCUCGGAGUUCGGGGGUGCGGCGGGGGCCGGAGGCGGGAAGCUGGACCCAGGGCUCAUCAUGGAGCAAGUGAAGGUUCAAAUUGCCGUGGCCAACGCGCAGGAGCUGCUGCAGAGGAUGACGAACAAGUGUUUCCGGAAGUGCAUUGGGAAGCCCGGCAGCUCCUUGGAUAACUCCGAGCAGAAGUGCAUUGCGAUGUGCAUGGAUCGGUACAUGGAUGCGUGGAAUACAGUGUCCCGAGCCUACAAUUCUAGGUUGCAGCGGGAGCGAGCCAACAUGUGAGGCAUGUGCUCUUUUCGUGGACAUCCAGGAACUCUAGCUGGGUUGUCCAGACCGGCUGUCCCUCUUCCCCAGAGCGGGCCAGCCCUGGACACAGCCAGGGAGCUCAUCCUGCCACCCUCCCUUCUCACAGGGUGCUUUGAGAAUGAAAGGAAUAAGGCAGGGGCAGGGGGGUGAUUCCUGAAAUUUGGUUCGAUUCCUUGGUGAUUCCCCACCCCCUCCUCAGCACACUAAUAAAAGCCCUGUUUGUGGAGCCUGGAUCUCUGCCCUUCUCUAAGGGCCCAGUUCUCCCCUCCUCUGCCGUGGUCUCAGCCUUUGGCCAAAGGAUGGCCCUCCUGCAGGUUGCGAAGCUCCUGGCCACCUCCCGUCCCUGACCUUGCUGGGAGGUCCCUGACCUUGCCUGGCACCCGGCAUGCACUGAUUCGGAGUUGGGCCUUUAGCUGUUCCCUGGGAAAGAUGUGAUUGGUUCCCCCGGGUGGGGGAUGUGCAGCUCACGAGCCUUGGGGGCGAGGGACAAUGUUAUCACCCCCUGUCAUUUAUCUGGAAAACAGUAAAUUGCUGUCUGUGACACCA